AUGAAGGCUGUCACCUCGCUCGUUCUUCAAUGCGCCGCCGCAGUGAGCGUCGCUGCUGUGGCUCUUCCUGACGGCACCCAGUUGGCCGCUGCUCCUAUGGAGGGUUACAAAAUUGUUCCCAUGCAAUGGAAAGGUGUUAUCAAGGAGGGAGAGGCUCCCGUUUCCCUGAAUGGUACUAUUGAGUCGGUUAUUGCUCAGAUCAAGGAGCUUAACCCGGAGUUCGAGUUGGCGGAAGAAGAAGAGGACGACGCUGUCGCCUCAUCCGGACUUGAAGCACGCAACCCAACUCACAUCAUUUGCGACGUUGGCGGAAGCGGUUACGUCGAUGUGAAGGCUGCCCGACGCGAGAACAGGUACCUUCGAUCUUUGGGCAACAGUGUAUGUGGUGUGAAUGGUGGUCCUGGCACGUGCGCUCGCGUCUCCUGCUCCUAUGGUGAUGCUAUCUGGCUUUGCAACGACAACCGACACUACAUCCAACCUCGGUGCAGCUACUUGGCUGACUAUGUUGAUCGCAUCAUUUCGCGCUGCAAGUCCACAACCAAGAGCCCACCUUGUACAGUCAGGCCGUGCCCUCCUAGCUGGAGUGCAGAGUUCGUUCGGGGUCAGCAAUUCGACAGUGACCACUACAACGUCAUUGUUGGCAGAAGCAACUGUUAA